ACGGAGGCCGUGACGGUUCAAUCCGGUAGCAGAAUUGGGUGGGCGUGAAGGUAGUGGUGGCUGGAAGUGUCGGGACGGGACGAGGCUGGAACCGCGGUCGACAUGGAGACGCUGUACCGGGUGCCGUUCGCGGUGCUGGAGUGCCCCAACAUCAAGCUGAAGCGGCCGAGCUGGGUGCACAUGCCCUCGGCUAUGACGGUCUACGCGCUGGUGGUGGUCUCGUACUUCCUCAUCACCGGAGGAAUAAUUUAUGAUGUGAUUGUAGAACCUCCCAGUGUUGGCUCAAUGACAGAUGAGCAUGGACAUCAAAGGCCUGUGGCAUUCUUGGCUUACAGAGUAAAUGGGCAGUACAUUAUGGAAGGGCUUGCGUCCAGCUUCCUCUUCACAAUGGGAGGCCUUGGCUUUAUAAUAUUGGAUCGUUCCAAUGCACCAAACAUCCCAAAGCUGAAUAGAUUUCUGCUGCUUUUUAUUGGAUUUGUCAGUGUCCUGUUAAGUUUCUUCAUGGCCAGAGUGUUCAUGCGGAUGAAAUUACCGGGCUACUUAAUGGGUUAGUGCCUUUUUGUGACUGCCACAAAGCACAGAUUGGAUUUGCUUCUCUUUUCAUGAAGAGGAAUGGACGGCAAAAACUCCACAGUCCUACCCUUCCUUUCUGAAGAUAAGAAGAGGAGAGCAUCCUAAGAAAAGAACUGAUUUCUCCUUUUUUCUCUCCAUAUGAAUAGCAACAUUUGUCACUGCUGGUUGGCUUUGUUAACAGAAUUGUGUCUAUUUUUCUUGAAUGUAGAAAAGAAGAAAAUAUUCUAAAGUGUUAUUUAGGCAUAUCUGUAUGAAGCUUAAAAUGUAAAACCACCACUCUCCCCCAUGAGUCAAGUUAAACAAUAAUUCUGUACUACCUUGUAACACCAUGGUUUACUGUAUCCUCUUAUGAGUUAAGUUAUAUUGAAAAAAGGAGGGGGAUAAUAUAAAUUGAGCCAUUUCAUGUCUGUAAAUGGAAAGAAGUGUUUGUUGAUGAUUGCCAGUGAAUACGGUGGAUCUGAUCCAGCAAACGGAAGUCAACCUCUUCUGCUGACCUCUUGAAAAGCCAGUCCAAGGUGACAGCACUGAUUGGAGGAUGCACAGUUGGAAAGUUGUGGAAGAUUCUUGAAAUUGGGCUCCUCCUCCUCUAUCCCCACCCCUUCUUCACAGGUGAUUGGUGCUGUGCAACAUACAGGGUGGUGCACAUGUGGGGAUGGACCAUCUUUCGUGUAAGUUGGGAUGCUGAGUUAGGUUUGUCACUUUCCACAUCAGCCUUUUGUGAAGGCAGCAGAGCGUACCUACAUCUGCAGAUGGAUUGGCUUCUCUGAAUUGGGGCAUUGUGUUCUGUCAAAGCAAAGUCCUAGGCAACAUUAACUUUGAUAUCCAUUCUAAUAGACUAAGAGAAACAUAUGUACAAAAGAAAACCUGUUAUUGUGUGAAAGUAAUUCUUUAAAAAUAUGAAAAUAAGACAUAUUAAACAUCUUUUCUACAAAACUA